AUGGAUGUGGAGAAGGGCCGUCGUCGGUCCAGGGGUUUGAGCACCCUGGAAAAGUGUCUGAUAUUUCUCUUUGUGGCCAUGACCGGAGUCUGCAUCGGCCUUGUGGUCAUCUACUUCACAGACAAAGCUGACUCCUCCACUCAUGCAGAAGGGCCGGACUCAGGGUGCGGUGGUCCUCAAGAGCUGUCAGGAGAUUCAGGCACCUUCACCAGCUACAACUACCCCAGCAGCUAUGACAAUGGCAAGAGCUGCACCUGGGAUAUCACUGUGGACCCUGACAAGGUAAUCCAUCUGUGGUUUGAGGAGUUUGCUUUGGAGGACACCAAACUCUGCACAGCUGACAUCAUCACACUACGAGACUCUCUGGGAAUCAUUGGUAAAUACUGUGGCUACACCAAACCGAAGCCCGUGGUGUCACUGACAAACCGCCUGACAGUCUACUUUGACACUAAUGAUAGAAAAACAGACCAAGGAUUCAAGGCCCAUUACAAAGCUGUGGCUCCAGAACUCACACCUGAAAUAGCUGGAGCCGGUGGCUUUCUCCAAGGUGACCAGGGGGAUCUGAUGACCCCUGGCUUCCCUGAGCAGAACUACCUGAAUGGCGCAUUAUACCAGUGGAAAAUCACAGUGCCUCCAGGCGAGAGGGUCCGACUGACAUUCACUUCCUUUGACCUGAUCCCUGAGGUCUGUGGAGACUUUGUUCAGGUGUAUGACGGCCACAAGGCCGGCUCUUCUUUAACGGGUAAAUUCUGCGGGGGGACAAUGCCAACGCCAGUGGAGUCCAGCAGCAACACAUUGGUGGUCCGCUUCAAAUCUGACAGCAGUUUGACUUCAAAAGGAUUCAAAGCUACUUACACAAAGCACAGUCUUCCACCUGUUGUUGUUCCCACCACCACAAAACCCACAACCACAACCACACCCAGACCUACCACACAAACCACUCGGCCUCCUACAACUUCUGGCAAUGGUGGUCCUGUAAUCCUCAAUGGGCGCAAAGGAGUGAUUCAGUCUUUGGGUUUUCCAAAUCCAUAUCCUGCUCAUCUAAACAGUGAAUGGAGGAUAUCUGUGCCCAAAGGAUUCUUGGUUAAACUGCAGAUCACUGAAAUGGCCAUUACUGGAGAGACUGGACAAUGCAAAGAGGACAAACUGACCAUCUCAGAUGAUUACAGCACUCUAGGCAUACACUGUGGAUACAUCCUUCCCCCAGUGAUGGUCAGUGCCAGUGACACAAUAUUUGUCACCUUCCAGUCCGACAGUCGCCUCACAGACCGAGGAUUCUCUGCCAAAUGGGAGGCAGUGUAUCCUGAGGAUAUCACAGAAAUCCUGGGCUGUGGCAUUUCUUCCAGAGAGGAAACGGGGGUUAUCAAGUCGCAGAACUGGCCUAUGAACUACAAGGCAAACACAGAGUGCAUGUGGAACAUCGCUUUGCCUUUGGGGAAAAAAAUCACACUGACAUUCACCCACUUUGACCUAGAAGCCAAAGACUUCCUAACAUCCAAAUGUUAUGAUAAUGUAAUGGUCUACGACAUCAACGGUGUGACUAAUGCACUGAUUCAAAAGCACGGUCCUUUUUGUGGGACUAAGCUGCCCAGCACCAUUCAGUCCAAAGGCUCCAGGCUGGUGAUUCGUUUCCAUUCAGACUUAUUUACUGAGGCCAAAGGGUUCAGGGCGUACUGGACCACAAACUCCAGUCUGCCCGCUCCCACUGAGCCACCUGCUCUACCCAACCCCUGGGAUGGCAUCCCCAUAGACUGGCCCAGUACAUGUGGCAAACCAGUCAUUCCUCCUGCUGUUGUGUCACGCAUUGUGAACGGAGAGCCAGCCAAGCCACACUCCUGGCCCUGGCAAGUGUCCAUGCAGGUCUGGCCUGCCAGCCGUCCAGAGCCCACAUUCUUCCACACCUGUGGUGGUACUCUUAUCCAUAAGAACUGGGUACUUACAGCAGCCCACUGCUUCAUAAACUAUGCUGAUGAGCUGCAGCGUUGGCGGAUGUGCCUUGGCAAACACAACCUGACCUACACAGAGCCAAGUGAACACUGCUUUAAUGUGUCUGGUAUCUAUCGCCAUGAGGGCUUCAAGUAUCCCACAGUGCCCACAGUGGAGUUUGACAUUGCCCUGGUCAGGCUGGAUGGGGAGGUGAUACCCAGUGAUGAGAUUUCUUACGCCUGCCUUCCCUCUGAGGAAGAAGUCCUGCCUAAGGACAAGAUGUGCUAUGCCACCGGCUGGGGAGAUGAGACCGGUGAUUCACUUAAUGCUAAGGUUGCAGAGACCCUUAACCAGGUCGCCUUGCCUGUUGUGCCAUAUGACACCUGCAAGAGAAUGGAUUACUGGUGGUUCCAGGUUAAGACGUCCAUGAUCUGCUGUGGUUAUACCCUGCCUGAUGAGCUGAAAUCUGUCUGUCAGGGAGAUUCGGGUGGUCCUCUGGUGUGCCAGGAUGCCCCCGGUAGCCCUUGGGAAGUUCAUGGUAUAACCAGUUUUGGCCCCAUUGGAUGUAUUAUGAACAAGAAGCCCUCCGUGUUCACUCGCUCCUCUGCCUACCUCCCCUGGAUCAAAAAUGUCAUCCGCAGAGACAUCUACAAUGAGCACACAUCUGGCUGUGGAGGGCCAAAGGACCUGACUGGCACAGGUGGCACCGUGUCCUCUAUGGGCUACCCUGGCAGCUACAGCAACAAAGCUCACUGCCAGUGGAACAUCCGGGUGCCUGAUGGCAAAGUGGUCCACCUCCAUUUCCACAAUUUCUCCCUGGAGGAGAGUCAGAUGUGCAUAAAUGACAAAGUCAAGCUCACAGACAGAACAGGAAGUCUAGGCACCUACUGCAGCCAUGUACCCCCUAAAGACCUGGUGAGUGAUGGAAACACACUUCACAUCAUCUUCUCCUCUAAUGACAAGGUGGUGGACACAGGCUUCUCUGCCACCUGGAGGGCAGUGGACCCUACAGAGGGUGAGACAGCAGCUCCUUGUGGAGGAAGCUUCAGCAGUGCUCAGGGUGAAAUCACCUCUCCUAACUGGCCCAGUGACUACCAAGCCCAGUCUGUGUGCACAUGGCGUAUCAGCAUUCCUUCGGCAGAAAGUGUCCAUGUAGCCUUCACUCACUUUGAGCUGCAAGCUGUAAACAUGUUAGGAAACUGUGUGGACUAUGUGGAGAUCUUCAAUGGAGAAAACAUGGUCUCACUAGGUCGAUUCUGUGGCUUUGCCCCUCCACCCAUCAUCACCAUCCCUAGCAACACAGUCGUCAUUCGCUUCCUUAGUAACGGAGCCAAUCAACAGCAGGGUUUUCGUGGUUACUGGACCACUGAUGCUAGUGUUAUCCCGACUUUACCUCCUCCAACUCCUAACCCAUGGGACAAUUUAACGAUCAGCUGGCCAGAAAUCUGUGGAAACCCAGCAGUGAAACCAAAUACAGGAACCCCAAGGGUGGUUAAUGGAGAAGAGGCAAUCCCACACUCCUGGCCCUGGCAGGUUUCCAUGCAGGCUUCACCGAUGUUUCCCAUACCUUACAUGCACGGUUGUGGAGGCUCUUUGAUACACAAAGAAUGGAUCCUAACAGCUGCUCACUGUUUCAUGGUCCCACUGAAUAAACCGUCCUACUGGCGCAUGUGUCUAGGGAAGCACCACAUGAACUCCUCCAUGGAUGUUCCCUCAGCAGAAGAGUGCUACAAGGUGGAUGGUAUCAUCCGCCACGAGGGGUUCGUCUACGAGCAGGAUCGUAGUGACAUCACCAACGACAUAGCCCUGGUGCAUUUGGCUGAGCCUGUCAAUAUGACGAGGGAGAUCAGCCCCAUCUGUCUGCCCAAACCUGGGGCUGUGAUGCCUGCUGGGACGCCCUGCUUUGUCACCGGAUGGGGAGACGAGAAAGGUAACCUGUUCCCCAAAGUGGCUGAGAAGCUAAACCAGGCAGCCCUUCCUAUUAUUGACUUCCAAACCUGCAGUAAACCUGCUUACUGGUGGGACACCCUCAGGCCCUCCAUGAUCUGUGCUGGGUAUGAGUCCCCAGAUGAGCUUAAGUCAGCCUGCCAGGGUGACUCUGGGGGUCCUUUCGCCUGCGAGGCUGCUGGAAGCAGCACAGCCUGGGAGGUUCACGGUAUCGUUAGCUUCGGACCACAGGGCUGCAUCAAAGACAAGAAGCCAUCUGUAUUCACCCGUGUCUCUGCCUUCAGUGACUGGAUCAACAACAACAUCAAGAAGUUUACAUAUGAAAAUGGCAAAACCAACUAA